ACGCAGCCGCCAAAUCCAGACAAGAGAGGAGGGGUAGCGUAGCUCAGUGUGGUGUGUGGGUUGGGCGGACCCUCCAAAGCCGAGCGUGAGCGCCACCGAGGCCUCCCCUCCUUGUUUCCCUAACGCCCUCCAUCCUCGUUCUCUCCGCCCGUCCGCCGCCCCCCUCACCUCUCUUUAUACGACUACGACUCCGCCUCCCCACUCCCUCCCUCUGUCCUCCUCUUUCUUCCACGCUGCAUUGCGCGUACCGCCGGGCCUAGAGGAGCAGCCAGGAGAUGGCCGCCGCCUCCUUCACCGCCGCCAAGUUCCUGGCGCCGGUGGCCGCGAGAUCCGGCGGCGACAGGGCGCCGCUCCCCGCCGCCGGAGUCGCCUCCGCCAGGCCGCGCCGCGGGGCACAGCAGACGCGCCUGCGCACCGCUGUCGCCGUCACCAACGACGUGCUCGCCGGGAACAAGGCUGCGCAGGCCCCCGCCGCGCAUCCGGCUGUGACACGGGAAGAGGUUCUGGAGCUGUAUGAGGACAUGAUUCUUGGCCGUGUUUUUGAGGACAUGUGCGCGCAAAUGUACUAUCGUGGCAAGAUGUUCGGUUUCGUCCACCUUUACAACGGGCAGGAGGCUGUCUCCACUGGCUUCAUCAAGCUUCUAAACCAAGCUGACUGUGUUGUUAGCACAUAUCGUGAUCACGUCCAUUCACUCUCCAAGGGUGUCCCAGCCCGUUCUGUCAUGGCUGAGCUCUUUGGCAAGGCCACCGGCUGCUGCCGUGGACAGGGUGGUUCCAUGCACAUGUUCUCUGCUCCCCACAAUGUCCUCGGAGGCUUUGCCUUCAUCGGAGAGGGCAUCCCUGUUGCCACUGGUGCAGCCUUUGCUGCUAAGUACCGCCAUGAGGUGCUCAAGCAGUCCGGCCCUGAUGGGCUUGAUGUCACAUUGGCGUUCUUUGGAGAUGGUACCUGUAACAAUGGCCAGUUCUUUGAGUGCCUGAACAUGGCACAGCUUUGGAAGCUUCCUAUUGUGUUUGUUGUGGAGAACAACCUGUGGGCAAUUGGGAUGUCACACCUUAGGGCUACUUCGGACCCAGAGAUUUGGAAGAAGGGACCAGCAUUUGGAAUGCCCGGGGUGCAUGUUGAUGGUAUGGAUGUCCUGAAAGUCAGGGAGGUUGCAAAGGAGGCAAUUGAGAGGGCAAGAAGAGGUGAAGGACCAACGCUAGUGGAGUGCGAAACCUACCGGUUCCGAGGUCACUCUCUUGCAGACCCAGAUGAGCUCAGGAAGCCUGAUGAGAAAUCCCACUAUGCUGGAAGGGAUCCCAUUACAGCCUUGAAGAAGUACAUCGUCGAACAGAACCUUGCAACCGAAUCUGAGCUGAAGAGCAUUGAGAAGAAGAUCGAUGACAUUGUCGAGGAGGCCGUUGAGUUUGCCGACGCAAGCCCGCACCCUCCACGGAGCCAGCUGUUGGAAAAUGUGUUUGCUGAUCCCAAGGGCUUUGGUAUCGGUCCUGACGGGAAGUACAGGUGCGAGGACCCCAAGUUCACGCAAGGCACUGCUCAAGUUUGAGGCUCCUCGAAAGAUGGAUCUGUUGUUUCAUCCUGCUCCCUGUGCCUCUCCGUUCUCCGGCUCUCUAGUCACCGCUUCCUAGUUUUGUUGAACCUGUGGUCAUGUUAAGCAUACUGUGCGCAUAAGGCGGUUUAUUUCUUUGAUUCUUAGGUGCUCGAUAUUACUGUGUAAUUUAUUCGAAAGCUCAACUGAUGCCCUAGCUUUAUGCAUGCAUUCUAGCUCAACUUCUUUACGAACAGCUCAAUUUCUGCAUAUAUGGAAGUAUGGAAUGGUUUGGAGAAAGUUGUAACUGUAGUUGCAAUAGUUAGCUGCCCUGUCUGGAAACCGAUAUUUGAAAUUUCUACUCUGGGGCAGUGGAAUAAUAUAUUUGUUGUCCUUAAGCCUCA